AUGAAAGAAUUGAGUGAAAGUCAGCUAAAUCACCUUAGAGAUUACUUGGAUGAACAGUUACUAAAUGUUUCUCAAAACUUUCAAAAAAAAUUUCAUCCUGGGGGCUUUCAAUCACUUGAUGAAUUAAUUCGUGAUCUCGAGCCAUACUUUCAAGUGCUGGAUGCUAUGCCUAUGCAAAGAGACUCAUUCUUGGCUGUCAACGCUAUUCUACGAGGGUUGGACUUUUUUAUUGAUGCGAUUGUUGCUUUUCCACCGGCACCUGAACCAAUGUUUCGAGCAUUGUCGGUUUUAGAUGGCUUGAGUCUCAAACUCGUUCAGCAUGGAAAACUCUCCACAACAGAUGCAAUCCGGUUAAAAAGCCUUUUGGAAAAUUGUCGUAUGGUGGUAAUUUCCAAACUUAGUGAGGUCCAAGGCUAUGAACUUGAAUGCUCUUCUGUUUUCGAAAGAACACUAAAUGAUAUUGACUUUUAA